AUCACUAUCAAUGAGUAGAAAGGUGUGUUCCGCUACGUUUUGUUGAACUCUGCCAACUGUCCAUCUAGCAUCUACAAGCAUUAUUUAUUCUACAUGUAAUAGUUUGCUUCAUAUCUACCAUACUUUUCCCCAGAAGUCAUUGAAUUGUCGGCCAAGGGUAAGAUCAUGUGUACAGGAUAGCCUUUUUAACAGGCUGAGUGGACAGUUAGGAUGUCGAAACACUUAAAACUCCAGACUGCUGCUGACAGCCAUGGCUGUAAGCAGGUUUAUUUGUAGGCGAACUGGCUGACAGACCUCAAUGAGCUACAUCCAUGCAUGUAAAAGGGAACUCGUGAAAUGCCUGUAUUAGUAUAUGAAGUAUAUUUUCGUUGGAGUUACAGUUCCUACAAAUUUAUUUCAAUCUGUACAAUUACUCGGCGUUGUAUCUCAAACAAAAGGCUUUGUUUUGACAUGUUUGUGAUGCCCUGCACUUCUCACUUACUUCUACUCCAUUGUGUUGUGAUAGGAGUGAGGUGAUCGAGCCAUGUUAAGUGCUACUAUCCAUCGUUGGGGGAAAUAUUCACAUGUAUCUAAAUAUCUGCGUUUAGUUUGUUACAUUCCAAUGAUAUUUCACUUUGGAUUCUAGUUCUUUUUUCAAUUUCUCAAGCGUGUUUAUUUUUCUUUGCAGGUCGUUCGUUAUAAUGCCAUUUGUUGACGUUAGUGAUGGGGAUAAAUUACGGAAACUAAUAGAAAACGAAAGAAAGUUGGUGUUAUGCUUAUCAGCACCUAAUACACCCCAGUGUGUCCAAGUUGAUGAAGCUCUGAAAACACUUAAUGAAGACUCAGUAAACGCAGAAAUUACAUUUGUAAAUGUGGAUGCGGAAGCCGUUUCUGAGGUUGCGAAACAGCUGAAAGUCAAUUCUGUUCCCACGGUUUUAUUUUUCCUGGUAGGUAAAGAAGUGAAUCGCGUUUGUGGCGUAAUUAUUCCUGAUAUUACAAAAUCUGUAAUCAAUUUAAGAUCAAUGUCAGUUAAUGGUUCCUCCAAUGACCUGUCAUCUCGCCUUCAAUCCUUGAUUAACAAAGCACCUGUUAUGCUUUUUAUGAAAGGCAAUCCUGAUCAACCUCGAUGUGGCUUCAGUCGUCAAAUUAUCGAGAUUUUGCGUUCAAACAAUGCAAAAUUUGAAACAUUUGACAUCUUACUAGAUGAACAAGUUCGACAAGGUUUAAAAGCCUACUCAAACUGGCCAACAUAUCCCCAAUUGUAUGUGAAAGGUGAAUUGGUUGGUGGAUUAGAUAUCGUACGAGAGUUAGCUGAAUCUGGAGAAUUAGCGUCGAUGCUUAAAGAUCUGUGAAUUUGUCAUGUAAAAAAGAAGCAACUCGUAUCCCUAAUAAUAAUAAUUGUAUUUCUUCUAUUUAACUUCAAUAUACUUAUAUUGAUUUUGUGAA